UCUCAUCCCUACAGCAACUGCAUAGCGCAGCGAGGCAAACCAGUAACUUUGGAUCCAACUUCUAAGUUAGACUGCAUCUCUGAGGAAGGCGCAAAGAUCAUUGUGAUUUUAACGGGAACGGAAACAUCUGCUUUAAAGCCAUAUAGUUAACGUUGUUCCUGUAUAUAUUUCUUUUUUUACACUGAAGGGUCUUCCACUAGAAGCAAAAGGGGGGAAAACGCGUAGUAUUGUGUUCAUGCCAUCCAACGGUUAAUAAGGGAGAGACAAGAAAAGCCAGUUGGAGCAAGAUGAGCACCCAGUGGAUUAGCAGACAGACAGAGCUGUAGGGUCAGUAUGGAAGCCUGAGCAUUGAGCAACCAGCUCCACAGUCAGCCUAGCCAUGCCCUGCUGCUGAGUGCCCUGGUGACCAGCCCUGGCCUUGGCACCAUGACCAGUCUGAAGCGCCCACCCAUGGAGCGCAUCGUCGGGGGCUCUAUCCCUGCCUCUGACGAGUUCUACACCCGCCACCUUCGCCUGGCCAACGGAGGGGCACGUACAGACAGCGCCCACCUUCAAGGGGGCCCGGGUGUGCCCAAAAUGGGGGUGCGGGCACGGGUUGCCGAAUGGCCCCCGAGGAAGGACUUGGGAGCUCUGUGGCAAGUUACCAUGGAGCCAGACUCCCCAGGCCUGGCCGGAGGGGGGCAGAGCCACCUGAAACUAGGUCACCUGAUGAGCCCCCAGGACUCCUCCAUGCUCCGCAACAUCCAGAACACACUGAAGAGUAAAACCCAGGGGGCCAGCUACAGCCCAGACAGCCACUACCUGUCCCCGGGAGACUACAGAGUCCCAUCCCACAGGAACACCGGCCGCAUCCGCCAGCGCAGCAACAGUGACAUCACCAUCAGUGAGCUGGACGGUGGGGGGGACAGUGGGGAGGACUUGGGCCCCUCAGGGGCCAAGUGGUCCCCUCUACACAGAGAGUAUGGCAGUACCUCCUCUAUAGACCAGCACGGGGCGUCAGGGGAGAGUUUCUUUGAGAUGCUGAAGGGCUACCAGGGAGUGAAGCCUGACCAGCGCAGCCCCGCGCCAGACAGACUAGAGGAUCUGCUGACUGCUGGACUCAAGCAGGCCUCAAUAGAACUACAUGAGGAGACUAGUGAGAGCCAGGCAUCCAGCAGAGUCAAGGAGAGAGAGAAGCCCCCAAAGAGACGCUCCAAGUCUGAGAUAGGGGGCGAGUCUAUAUUCCGUAAACUACGCAGCGUGCGGGGGGAAUCUGACUCGCCCCGAGCCGGGUCUGAUGCUGAGGACGGCCGUUCAGACGAUGGGGUCACCCCCCUCAAGCCCUGGGUCUGCCAGAGGGGCUUCUCCCACUACGACGUGCAGAGCAUGAUGUUUGACCUGAAAAAGGUGAUCCAGAGCAGGCAGACGGCGGCAGUGAAGAGGAAGAACACCACCACGGGGGCGUCUGCUGCGGCUGCAGCCUCCACCACCUCCACCAUGUCCUCCACCCAGAGCAUGGCCUAUAGCUCCCCCACUGGCAGUCAGGAGGAGCUCAGCACCGGGGCCAGGGACAGCCCCAGCAUGGACUGCGGGGAUGAGCAGAGCAAUGAACUGCUCCUCAACUGCCCCUGUUUCUGCAACGAGAUUGGGGCCACCUGCAGGCGCAGGGCAGGGAGCGGUCCCCCCAGACAAGGGAGUGGGGGUUCAGGGACCAUGGGAGGCGAGAACAGCCUGUUUGAGUCGUCCCUCAGCUCCCACUGCACUAACGCUGGGGUGGCAGUGCUGGAGGGGCCCAAGGACAACCCCAGUGCCCUCAGUGAUCGGGGCAAACACUACAUCGUAGAACACGUGGACCUGGGAGCCUACUACUACAGGAAGUUCUUCUACCUUAGAGAACACUGGAACUACUUUGGAAUGGAUGAGGCUCUGGGUCCGGUGGCUGUGAGUCUGCGCAGGGAGAAACAGGAGGAGCACAAAGAGCACGGCCAGCAGUACAACUACCGGGUCAUCUUCAGAACCUCAGAGUUGACCACACUCCGGGGGUCUAUUCUGGAGGACGUGGUCCCCUCGUCCUCUAAGCAUGGCACUACCCGCGGGCUGCCCCUGAAGGAGGUGUUGGAGCACCUGCUACCAGAGCUGGACGUGCCCUGCCUCCGCCUGGCCCUCAACACACCCAAGGUCACAGAACAGCUGAUGAAACUGGACGAACAGGGGCUGAGUUUCCAGGUGAAGGUGGGGGUGAUGUACUGCAGGGCAGGGCAGAGCAGUGAGGAGGAGAUGUACAACAAUGAAAUGGCGGGCCCUGCCCUGGAAGAGUUCCUACAGCUGCUAGGGGAGAGAGUCCGCCUCAAAGGCUUUACCAAGUACCGCGCCCAGCUCGACAUCAAGACUGAUUCCACUGGAACCCACUCCCUUUACACGGCCUACAGGGACUAUGAGAUCAUGUUCCAUGUGUCUACAAUGCUGCCCUACACACCCAACAACAAACAACAGUUGCUGAGGAAGAGACACAUUGGGAAUGACAUCGUCACCAUCGUGUUCCAGGAGCCGGGAGCCCUCCCCUUCACCCCCAAGACCAUCUUCUCCCACUUCCAACACGUGUUCAUCAUCGUCCGCGUACACAGCCCCUGCUCCGACAACACCUGCUACAGCGUGGCUGUGACUCGUUCCAGGGAUGUGCCCUCCUUUGGCCCCCCUAUCCCCAAGGGCGUAACCUUCCCCAAGUCCAGCGUCUUCAGGGACUUCCUGCUGGCCAAGGUCAUCAACGCUGAGAACGCCGCCCACAAGUCUGAGAAGUUCGGAGCCAUGGCGACACGCACGCGACAGGAGUACCUGCGGGACCUGGCAGAACGUCACGUGACCGGCACGCCGGUUGAGCCCACAGGGAAAUUCCCCUUCAUCUCAUUGGCUCACAAGCGGAGAGAGAGGGUGCGGCCAUACAGUGGGGCAGAGCUACGGAGCCUGGGGGCGGUGACAUGGCCAGUGCAUGCGGAGGACCAGGUAGCCGGGGCAGAGAGGGAGUGUCUACUGGCCAUCUCCAACGACUUCCUCAUCCUGUUGGACCAGGAGGCCAAAGCCGUGGUCUUCAACUGCGCCACGCGCGACGUCAUUGGCUGGUCCUCGGGCAGCCCCGCCUCCAUGAAGAUCUACUAUGAGCGUGGGGAGAGUGUGUCGCUGCGCUCCAUCAACAACAACACGGAGGACUUUGGAGAGGUGGUGAAACGCCUGGAGCUUCUGACGAAGGGCAGCCAGACCACAGAGAUGAUCCUGAGGAGGAACGGUCUGGGCCAGCUGGGCUUCCAUGUGAACUUUGAGGGCAUCGUAGCGGAGGUCGAGUCCUACGGGUAUGCCUGGCAGGCGGGGCUGCGCCAGGGCAGCAGGCUGGUAGAGAUCUGCAAGGUGGCCGUGGCAUCGCUGUCCCACGAGCAGAUGAUCGACCUGCUGAGGACCUCCGUCACUGUCAAGGUGGUCAUCAUCCCCCCGCACGAGGACUCCACCCCUCGCAGAGGCUGUUCAGAGCUGUACCACAUGCCCCUGGUGGACUAUAAGAACCACAAGGAGGGGAUGCCCUAUGAGUUUAAAUUCCCCUUCCGCAGCAACAACAACAAGUGGCCCCGCACCUCCUCCAGCCCCCAGAGCCGCACCACAGCGGCGCUGGGGGGGACGCUCAUCAAGGCCCCGGCUUCAGACUAUCAGGACCGGGCCGGAGUCAUCCCGCGCAGUGUGUCCAGCGAUGGGCGCCCUCUCAACCCCAAAAGGUAUUCCCCAGGGAAUGAUAACUAUGCCCUGGCCUGUUCAAUCGUGAUGGGCCGCUCUCCACACACCCGCAACUCCCCCAUCAGUCUCUCCUACACAGACACCGGGAGUGCAGGCUCCAACCACUGGAGACAGAAGUCCAUGCCAGACGGGUUCAACAACAAUAACCGUCACUCCCCUGUGUCUGCUGAGCGUCAGGGAGUUGGAGAAGGGUCUAACGGGACUAAGCCUGCUCCCGGGUGGCCCCGAGAGGGGGAGGGGGCCAACAGUGGAGCCGAUAGAGCCACAACAGACCUAGCUGUCUCCAAGGCUGCAGUACCUCGUCUCCAGGAGCAGGGGGGACACCUGUCCCCCAACAAGAACAUCAAGGUGGAAGCUUCCUACUCCUCCAGCCAAUCAGGCAGUAACACACUGUCCAGUAACGCCUCCAGCUCCGCCCACAGUGAUGAGAAGUGGUAUGAGAUUGGCUCCAGCAGGACGGGGAUGCGGCCUGACUCAGAGCUCAACGGCUACCUGCAGCGGGAGUCCACAGACAGCGGCAUCGACGCUACCUCUUACGGGGCCUCAGGGUCCGGGGGCUCCAGGGCCAAAGAGCGGCGGGCCCCAGAGACCUCUCCUUCAGCCCCAGACUCACCCGCCCGCCCAGGGAGCAGCGAGGACCCAGCCCAGAGCCCCCCUGUGUUCCCCUCAGCCCCAGACAGUGGCUCCUACACCCUCAGUGAUGCUGCUUCCCAUUCCAGUACUCUGAGCUCGGGCCACUCAGGCAGUCCCAUGGGUCCAGGCUGCAGCCCCAGCUCCUUCCAGGAGGAAUCAGCCCUGACCACCUCCCCCACCUCCCACACUUCCCUUUCCCCUGGAGGCCCCAAGAGCUUCUACCCCCGCCAGGGAGCCACCUCCAAGUUCCUUAUCGGCUGGAGGAAGCCUGGAGGCACCAUCAACUCUGUGGACUUUGGCAACAUACGCAAACGUCACCAGAGUGAUGGGUUGCUGGGUGGAAACCCCCAGCUCCGGGCACAACUCAGGGCCCAAUCCCCCCAGCGGGUCAACACGUCCAACCUGCAGGAAGACCUGAAGAAACUCAUCACCCUGGACAGCCCCCCGCCCUCCUCCCAUGAUCAAAAGCCCUCAUUCCCCGCCCCCCCUCCCAGCCGGCGCUCCCUGCAGAGGACCCUGUCAGACGAGAGCAUCUACAGCGGGCAGCGGGAGCCCUCUUACAGCGGGCACAGAGAGAUGCCCAACGACCUGCUCUUCAGCUGCUCCACUGUGCCCCGCUCGCCCACCGCCCGCCACGCGCCACCCCGACAACCCUCACAUAAGUCUCUGGGUGACCUGUGUGAGUCGUCCAGCCAGGACCAGGGGGGCAUGAGGCAGCAGCUGGGGGACCCAGGCCUCAUGCCCCUACCUAACUCUGGAGCUGACCGCACUCUGGACUGGUCCAACCUGGUAGAUGCUGCCAAGGCCUUCGAGGGUAGGCAAAUUCAGAGACUGUUAUCUGUAAAUGAUGAAAGCUCCAGGUCAGAGGUCACAGACACCAGCCCCCAGCAGGCAGAACCCCAGGCUGCCCCAGAGAGACACCCCUCACCUGGUGAGAGCCCAGCCUGUCUGAUGGGGAAGGUCAGCCAGCUGGAGUCAAUGGUGAAGCUACUACAGGAUGACCUUAAUAAGGAGAAGGAUACCAAGGUGUCCCUGCAGGCCCAGAUACAGAGCCUGAGAGAGCACAACCAGCAGCUCCAGGAGGAGUCCUACAGCGCCUCGGCCAAGCUCAAGAAGUUCACAGAGUGGGUCUUCAACACCAUCGACAUGAACUGACUCUGUCUAUGUGCAGUAGACAGGAGGAACACCUGAACACACGUGACCACAACACACUCAAACUUAAACUGAUUCACACAAUGGGUGCUCAGAACCGCAGGAGUUGGUCUUUGAUUCCUUCUACAUUAACUGUGAUUCUGCUAUUGACAUGGACCGAUUCACAGUGGAUCUAAAUGCUGUAUGAUCAACAUGAACUGAAUCACUUUGGUCUCCAGCGGUCCCAUCAUGAACUGAUCUGCCAAGCUUAUUAUUGUCAUGAUCAUCAUAGCCCAGGGAAGUUAAUACAUCUCUGUCAGACAUGCAGGGACACUACAGUACAGUGCCAGCGAAUCCUAAAGAAAAGAUUGCAUGCUGUUGAUCUCUCAGUCUUUCUCCCUCUCCAUCCUCUAUCUCCUCCUAUAAAACCUCACUGAGCAGUAAGUGGUUGCGGUAUUACAGAUCCACUGUGUUGAAGAAUGUUGGCAAUUCAUCAUCAACUACAGCUGUUCAACAAUUUAUUUUGUUAAUAAAAAUGAACAGAAAUGUUACCACUUACCCAUGUCUCUCUAUGGAGUGACCUCAUUUCAGGAGAGUAAAAUGGGCUUACUGGAUGCAGUAGUUCCAGAUUGUAUUAUUGGUUUCUGUGUGAAAACAACUGGGCUGUCUGGGUAGCCGACUGGAAGGUGAGGGUUACUGUUCAGUCAACUUCAUAGUGACAAUAUUCAUUCUUGAUCUAUUUUAAUAUCCUACCAGACUAUUAGUAUGGUUCCUUCCUUGCCUGCCUGCGGUUUUGGAUCCACAGUGCCACCUUGUGAUUAUAACAUGUCAGAUUACAUGGAAAUACGUACUCUACUUGAUCCUGGUCUACAGCGUUUUAGAAGGCCUCUGGUGUCACACCUGAUCCUUUUGUACUCUGUAGAUGAAAUCGCUACUGUAUGCCAUAUAAAGAGGUUAUGUAGAUCCUGAAAUGCCAGUUACAGUCAUCUGUAAGUCUAUUAGAAGUCCAACCUGACCAUUGGUCUGCUUAGAAGGGAGACCUGACACCUAUUAAUGAUGCGACUUGGUAGACCCUCCAUAUCUACAGUCAGUGGUACUAUUAAAACACCCUGUAUAUAACAAAGGAUUCUGAUGCUCAUCAUAAUGUGCACCCUCAUUCAUGUUUUACAGCAGGUAAUGAUGUUUCCUUUGAGCUGCGAUGUAUAAAAAUGUUUAUAUCUAUUAAAGAUAUUUUGUGCAAUUUUA